GGUCAUUUUCGAGCGGAAUUCUGCUCCGCGUUCCCGGCGCCAGGCGGCGAGAUGCGCUCGAGCGGCGCGCGGGGGACUGGGGCGCGCAGGGAGGCGGUGACGUCACCGGGCUGGAGGAUGGACGCCGGUUCGGUACCCUCCUCGUCUCCGGAUCGGAGCGGGGAGAUGGCGACCGCAUCGCUGUGAAUAAGCAGAACGCGGGGCGGGGCGGGAGGAGCGGAGAGGCCGCCAGGAGGGGACGCCGUUCCACGCCCUGCUGCUCUUCUUCCUUCCUCUCUCUUCUUCCAGCAUCAUCAUCAUCAUCAUCGUCAUCCUUCCUUCCUCAUCUCGGAGUCGGACGCAUCAUCAUCAUCAUCCUCGCCACGCCAGGCUUCCUGGCUUGUUCGCGGUUUCUGCGAUGGCCGCCGGGGGAGGAUGCGGCGGGGAGAGCGUGGAGCAGUACCGCGCCGAGGUGGAGCGCCUCACCCGCGAACUGGCCGAGGCGAACCGGGAGAAGAUCCGCGCGGCCGAGUGCGGGCUCGUGGUGCUCGAGGAGAACCAGAGCCUCAAACAGCAGUACGCGGAGCUGGAGGCGGACCAGGAGAGCCUCAAGCAGGAGCUGGAGAGGCUGCAGGAGGCAUUCGGGCAGGCGUACUCCAACCAGCGCAAGGUGGCAGAGGAUGGCGAGACCAACGAGGAGACGCUCCUGCAAGAAUCGGCCUCCAGGGAGGCGUACUAUAUGGGUCGCCUCCUCGAGCUGCAGACUGAGGUGAAACAGAGCCGCGCGACAGCUUCCAACGCACAGGCGGAGUGCGAGCGGCUCGGUGCCCUCCUACAGGAGCUCAGAGAGAGUAAUGAGGUGCUGGAGCUGCAGCGGAACAGGAUGAAGGAGGAAAUUCGGGAGUACAAGUUCCGGGAGUCACGCCUCCUUCAGGACUAUACCGAAUUAGAGGAGGAGAACAUCACUCUGCAGAAGUUGGUGUCCACACUGAAGCAGAACCAGGUGGAGUUCGAGGGCCUCAAGCAUGAGAUUAAGGUGCUGGAGGAGGAGACGGUGCUGCUGAACAGCCAGUUAGAAGACGCGUUGCGGCUGAAGGAAAUUGCAGCGGCACAGCUGGAGGAGGCUCUGGACACCCUGAAGAACGAGCGGGAGCAGAAGAACGGUCUGCGCAAGGAGCUGGCACACUAUGUCAGCCUGAGUGACAGUGUGUAUGGGGCCAGUGCCCACCUGGCCCUCGCUGAUGGCCUGCGCCUGUCAGAGGAGGCGGGCAGUAAUGGUACAGCUGCUUCCAACUCACCCAACAAUGAGGACAGCAACAAGUGCAAUGGGCAUGUGGCCAAGGUCAAUGGGGACUUCCGGUCAGUCAGCAGGAAGGGGGAGGCCCUGAACCCAGUCUCAGACCUCUUCAGUGAGCUCAACCUGUCAGAGAUGCAGAAGCUCAAGCAGCAGCUCCUGCAGGUUGAGCGCGAGAAGGCCCUGCUGCUCACGAACCUUCAGGAGUCCCAGACACAGCUGGAACACACACAGGGUGCCCUAACAGAGCAGUACGAGCGCGUGCAUCGGCUCACUGAGCGUGUCAAUGCCAUGCGACGCCUGCACUGCGACAAGGAGGCACGCAUGGAGCUGGAGGAGGAACUGAAGAAGGGUGACUCCCCUGACUCCGCCAGUAUCAACGGACACGCCCACACAGGGGACGCCUGUGGCCUGGAGGUGCUGGAGUGCAAGUACAAGGUGGCGGUCACGGAGGUCAUCGACCUGAAGGCGGAGCUAAAGGCGCUGAAGGAGAAGUACAACCAGAGCGUGGAGGGUCAGACGGAGGAACGGACGCGUAGCGAGGGCCGGCUGCGGGCGCUCGAAGAGCAGGUCACCCAGUCGGAGUGCGGCUGCCGAGAGGCACUGGAGCGUACUCUGAGCCUGGAGGCCGAGCUGCGGAGCGCAACGGAUGUGGCCAGCGAGAGCCACGCCCUCCUGAACACCGCGCAGGACGAGCUGGUGACUUUCAGCGAGGAGCUGGCCCAACUUUACCACCACGUUUGCCUGUGCAACAACGAGACCCCCAACCGAGUGAUGCUGGACUACUACCGGCAGGGCCGUGCCGCACGCAGCGGCAGCCUCAAGGGGCCCGAGGACCCGCGUGGGCUGCUGUCGCCCCGCCUUGCCCGCCGACUCGCUGCCACCCCCACCGAACCACGUAGUCCCAGCGACUCACCGUCCCGCGACCCCCCAUCAGAGAGCGGAAAGGAGCAACAGGCGAGUCCUGCUCGCACCCCUGCGGGCUCGCCGGUCAUCAGCCUCUCUCCUUCGCUCUCCCCGUCCCCUUCUCCCACCCCGGAGCCUGGUGGUGACCUACGGAAGGAGCCCAUGAACAUCUACAACCUGAACGCCAUCAUUCGCGACCAGAUUAAGCACCUGCAGCGGGCCGUGGACCGCUCCCUGCAGCUGUCCCGUCAGCGAGCCGCUGCCCGCGAGCUGGCGCCUAUCUCUGACAAGGACAAGGAGGCGUGCAUGGAGGAGAUUCUCAAGCUCAAGUCCCUUCUGAGCACCAAGAGGGAGCAGAUCGCCACCCUGAGGCUGGUUCUCAAGGCCAACAAGCAGACUGCGGAGGUAGCUCUGGCCAACCUGAAGAGCAAGUAUGAGAACGAGAAAUCUAUGGUUACGGAAACCAUGAUGAAGCUUCGCAAUGAGCUCAAAGCCUUGAAGGAAGAUGCCGCUACGUUCUCCUCGCUGAGAGCUAUGUUUGCAACACGGUGUGACGAGUAUGUGACGCAGCUGGAUGAGAUGCAGAGGCAGCUGGCAGCUGCUGAGGACGAGAAGAAGACGCUCAACUCGCUGCUGCGGAUGGCCAUCCAGCAGAAGCUGGCUUUGACGCAGCGGCUCGAGGACCUCGAGUUCGACCACGAACAGACGAGUCGCAGCCGAGCCAGCAAGGUGGCCAAGAUCAAGUCCAGCCCUCCCAAAGUAAGUGGAAAGACGGCAGCCGUCAGCCCCACCACCGCAUCUGCCCUCAUUUCACCUCUGGGCCACCCUGCCUACCCCACCGUGACCCCAUCCAGCCCACCCUCGCUGGAGGCCCCUCCCUCCAGCACUUUGUGGUCCCCCACCGCGCAUCCGUUCCUCCUGGGUCACCCUCAGUGGAGCCUGGGUGUUCAGACACUCAGCCUAGACCCCCACAUCUUCAAUUUAGAGUUCCGCAGCCUCUCUCGUGGCACCGAUCUUGGGCACCACCCAGUCGCAGAGCCGCGUUUUUCAGCCGGCCCGAGCUCCGCCCCCGCCUCGCCAUACCGGUCGCCCGUCCUGGGGGCCAGGCACUCGGCGCCGGGCGUUGGCAGGACUCGAACCCUCACAGAUGUGACGCGACCCACUGCCUCUCUAAUCACCUCUCCGACUAUGCCCAGCCACUCCGGCCCCCGUGCCUUCACUUCCCAUCAUCCCCCGCCCUAACGCUCAACAGGAACUGAGGACGGGUGACACAGACAGACGCACAGGCUGGGUUUCAGUUCUCCGGUGUCUCUAGACUUCUGGCACGGGUGCGAAUGUCAAGCGAGACUCUCCUCAGGGAUCAGUCCAGAGAUGGAGCACAAGGUCCAGCCUUCCGGUAAACGCUGUUUCCCAGCGUGCAGCACACUACCUUACAGCCAGCUCUGGCUCCUUCAGGCUCUUCACUUACCCGACUCUGUUUUACCACGAUCCAAGAGCCACCGCAGUGGCAUCACAUUUGCAUGUGCUGUCUUGCCUCUGUAACAUCAAAAUUGCAAAGAAAUUAGGUCCAUUUCGA